AUGAAUGAUGCCGUUAAUGAUGAGGAGCAAGGGAAUUUUUCUGAGACGAAGCAAAAGGCUAUAGAUACUGGGAAGUACAGUGCUUUCGAUUUCAAGAACCGGCCACCAGACGGUGGAUUUUGGGCCUGGAUUUCGGUGGUUUGUGUUUUGUUUAUCAACACCUUUAGCUGGGGACUUAAUGCUUGCUUUGGUGUCUAUCUAAACUAUUAUGUAACAGAAAAAUAUUUUGAGAAUGCAAAUACAGAACAAUAUGUGAUGAUCGGUGGAUUGGCAUUAGGUCUCUCAUUUACGGCCUGCGCUUUUACUAAUGGUUUGUGUCGCCAUGUUCACUACAAGAUUAUCAUGACAAUUGGGUUGAUCAUAACAUUUUUGUCGUACUGGCUAGCCUCGAUUGCAACAACAGUGGUUCAGCUGAUUUUCUUCCAGGGCUUCCUCAUGGCAUUUGGAUGGGCAUUGACUGCUGGUUCUACAUUUCUCAUCUUGCCAACAUGGUUUUUAGAAAAGCGGUCAAUUGCUCAGGGUAUUGCAACCGCAGGUGGUGGGUUAGGUGGUAUUAUUUUUAGCAGAGCUUCUGAUCAAAUAAUUAAACAGUACUUAACCAAUCCAAAAUACGCAGGAGAUCCCAACCAUGCAUUGAGGCUAGGGGUUGCAUGGGCGUUGAGAAUGGAAGCAUUAGUGUGUGGAUUUAUGCUAGCAAUAUCCAUCAUUUUGAUUCGAACCUACCGCCCAAUUAAAAAUACUUCAAAGGAUGAAAAACCACUAUUUAUCGAGUUAACUGCGUUUUUGUUCCGGUUUGAUCUAAUGAGACAGAUUCCUUUGAUUUGUCUCAUGCUUUGGAACAUGGUUUACUCGUUAUCCUACAGUAUUUUGCUAUUUUCAUUAUCAGCAUAUGGUUCAAGUAUCGGGUUAAGCUACAAACAGGGAUCGAAUGUAACAACUGUCCAAAGUGUUGCACAGACAGUCGGAAGACCUUUGUUGGGAUUCCUAUCGGACAAAAUAGGGAGGGUCAAUGUCACACUUAUUUCAACGAUCUUGAUUACAAUAUUUUCGUUUGUUUUCUGGAUCUUUGUGACGACUUAUGCGCAACUAAUUGGGUUUGCAUUUGCAGUUGGCAUUUUGCUAGGGGUGAACUGGGUCAAUUUUGGACCGAUGACAGCAGAUGUUGUUGGGGGAGGUGGUGCCGACAUGAAUCAUGCGGUUUCUCUACAGAUGUUUACAGGCGGUUUCCCUUUACUAAUUGCCGAGUUGGCAGGGUUCAAGUUGAGAAGAUUCGAUAUGGAGAGACCUUUCUUGUAUUGUCAGAUCCUUGUGGGGGUUGCAGCUGGAGUGAGCUGCCUUGCAUUGUUACCAUUCAGAGAAUGGAAGGUAAAGAGAGCAGUGAAAGCACGGAUAGCAUAUUUGAAACAUUCAGUGAACAAUUUAGACGGCGACGAAGAAGAAGAAGAAGAAGACGCAGCACUUGCAGGCAUGGAUGGUGAGCAGAUGGAGAGAGAGAUCAUGAAGAUGGAAAGGUUGCUAGCAGCGGACGUUCGUUCAUAUAUGUAUAGAGCCGUUUAUCCACUAAAGGUAUAA